AGAUCAACCACUUGAUAUCUCAAAAAUAGUAUAGAAAUAUGAAGGCUUCAAUUUCUCUAACACAGAUAGUACUUUCAGUACCUCUGCUGCUAUUUUCAGCAGCAACUUCUUAUCCACUACUACUUGACAACUUCCUGCAGUGCCUUCCUAAUCAUGUUCAUGCCUCCAAUCCAAUCUUUGAAGCCAUCUAUACACCAUCCAAUUCCUCUUUCCAAUCUGUUUUAGUAGCUUACAUCAAGAACCGCAGAUUUUUAACCUCUGACACCCCCAAACCACUAGCUAUCGUCACUGCUCUGCAUGAAUCCCAUGUCCAGGCAACCGUUAUUUGUGCCAAGUUUCAUGGCUUGCAGAUCAGAAUCAGGAGUGGUGGCCAUGAUUUUGAGGGUCUUUCUUAUAGAUCUGACGUCCCAUUUGUGAUUCUUGACCUGUUCAAUCUCCGGUCUAUAGACAUAGAUAUUGCCUCUGAGACUGCGUGGGUUCAAUCUGGCGCAAUCCUCGGAGAACUUUAUUAUGAGAUUGCCAAGAAAAGUAAAGUUCAUGGCUUUCCAGCCGGAGUUUGCCCGACAAUUGGCGUCGGCGGGCACUUUAGUGGAGGAGGGUAUGGGAACAUGUUGAGAAAAUAUGGGCUUUCUGUGGAUCAUAUCAUUGAUGCAAAGCUAGUUGAUGUCAAUGGUAAUAUCCUGAACAGAAAAUCCAUGGGGGAGGAUUUGUUCUGGGCAAUUAGAGGAGGUGGUGGAGCAAGCUUCGGAGUCAUCCUUUCUUGGAAGAUCAAACUAGUUCGAGUCCCUCAAAGGGUGACUGUUUUCAUGGUGGACAGGACCUUGGAAGAAGGAGCAACUGAUACUGUUUACCAGUGGCAGCAAAUUAUAAGUAAAAUAGAUAAAGAACUUUUCAUCAGAGCACAACCACAAGUAGUUCAAAAUGAUGAAGAUGAGAAGACAGUAAGAGUCACUUUCAUUGGCCAAUUCCUAGGAAAAAGUGGGAAGCUUCUUAGCUUGUUGACAAAGAGCUUCCCUGAACUGGGUUUAAAGCAAGAAGAUUGCAAAGAAGUGAGUUGGCUAGAAUCUACAAUGUUUUGGACCAAUAUUCCACUUGGAACACCUCCUGAAGCUCUACUCAACAGGAGUAUUCCAGCAGAGUUGUUCUUCAAAAGCAAAUCAGAUUAUGUGAAAGAGAUAAUUUCGAAGCAGGAUUUGGAGAACAUUUGGAAGCAGUUCCUGAAAACGGAAGGAAUGGUAAUGCAAUGGAACUCUUAUGGAGGAAUAAUGAAAGAGAUUUCAUCUACAAAAACUCCAUUUCCUCAUAGAGCUGGAUAUCUAUUCAAAAUUCAGUAUUUUACUCUCUGGUUUACAGAAGGAACAGAGGCUACAGAUCGUCAUAUAAGAUUGGCAAGAGAAAUGUAUGAUUCAAUGGCUCCAUAUGUGAGCAAAAACCCAAGAGAGGCAUUUCUCAAUUAUAGAGAUCUUGACAUUGGAAGAAAUCCAAGCAAUGAGACCAACUUCCAGGAAGCUCAAGUCUAUGGUAGCAAAUAUUUCAAGGGUAAUUUUCUGAGAUUGGCGGCUGUGAAGAAGAGGGUCGAUCCUGAUAAUUUCUUCAAGAAUGAACAGAGUAUUCCACCCUUUGAUUAACAAAAUGGCCAUGGUGGCUUUGUAUUUUGAUACUUUUUUAUAAUAAUUAAGGAUAUGUUUGUUUACCCUUAUUAUAAAACAAUUAAAGGAAAUAAAAUAUAAAAGAAGAUUAUGAAUGGUUACUCAAUUUAAGGAGGGAAAACAAUACCAAAUUUGUUCUAGCUCCAAAGCUUAGCGGUAAUAAAGGAAAUAAAACUGAAGAGAGAGGGGGAAACACCAAAUAGGCCUUAAUCUUUGUUAGGGUUUGAGAGUUCUGAUUGAUUGUAUUUUGCUCUUUUCAUCAUAGUGGAACAUUUUUCUCUUGUCUUGCCUGUGGA